AGAGGUCAGACGGGCGGUGACCCGGAAGCGGAUUCGCAGCUGACGGAGUGUCUGCGGUCGGUGGCGAUGGCGGGGACGGCGUUGAAGAGGCUCAUGGCCGAGUACAAGCAAUUAACACUAAAUCCUCCAGAAGGAAUUGUUGCAGGUCCCAUCAAUGAGGAGAACUUCUUCGAAUGGGAAGCCUUAAUCAUGGGCCCAGAGGACACCUGUUUUGAAGGGGGAGUGUUUCCAGCCAUUCUGAGUUUUCCACUUGAUUAUCCACUGAGUCCACCAAAGAUGCGGUUCACUUGUGAGAUGUUUCACCCUAACAUUUACCCAGAUGGCAGGGUGUGCAUCUCGAUCCUGCACGCUCCUGGAGAUGAUCCGAUGGGAUACGAGAGCAGUGCAGAGCGGUGGAGUCCUGUUCAGAGUGUUGAGAAAAUCCUGCUGUCGGUGGUGAGCAUGCUGGCAGAACCAAACGAUGAAAGUGGAGCCAACGUGGAUGCCUCAAAGAUGUGGCGUGACGAUCGUGAACAGUUCUGCAAGAUCGCUCAGCAGAUUGUGCGGAAAUCUCUUGGGUUGUGAAUCGAGAGGGUUCCGUUCGUUUCAGAUCCCCGGCAGUAGCUCCUUAUUCUUUGUGCAGAUGCAAUGUGUCCUCUGCUUUUCAUACACGUGGAUAACUUUAGCAUCCUACAGAAGAUAUAAACAAACAUAGUUUACGUUGGGCCUUCUGUUACAACCCAUAGGAAUGCCCUUUGUCACUUCAGCAUUUCUCUCUACAGUAGCGCUGCAAUUUUGAGAAGCAAGUGACGGCCGAUCUCAUUUCUGAAAGGACUUGCCCCACAGGAGAGAAAGUUCUAGUUUUAUUCCUGAUUUCCAACAUUUGCAGGUUUUCUCUUUAUCUGAGACGGUUCAGAUUUUUCACAUUUUGUUUUUCAGAGCGGCCCAAAAAAAUGCACGUGGGGGGUUAAUACCACACUGAACUGCAUGCAGUUCAAGAAAUUUCCUGUCUUAGUUCUGAGGUUACAGUAGGGGCCUGCAUGAAAUCGUAGUCCAGUAGCAGCCUGUCCAUGUUUGGCUAGACCUUUGACAAAUGUAGCUGGUAAUUUGGGCUUUUGACUAUGUAGACUCUCUUGGGCCAGGAGAAAUUAGCGUAAAAUAGGGAACUGGUUUCCCUGGUUUCCCUGUUUUUAAGCAUUCCCGCAGAACUUGGGCCUGACAUGGUUUCAGGUGACAUGAGAUUGGAGGGAAAGCUAUUUACCAGGCGAUUAGCAGAUGCUGUUUCAAGAUGCUCUGGUACGUGGCUCCAUAGAGAGGAGCUACCUUGCUUGCAAUCUCAUUUGUGUAAAGCACAUUUGGUCAGUAAAAGCAAAAAUCCAUAUUUAGACUACAUAGAGGAAACAAAAUUAGCCAGUGACAAUUUCUUCAAUCCUGUGCCCCCAUUGCCAUCACAAGGAACUGGAGUGGCAUACACUCCCCACCGCCUUUCCUAUCCCUGGACAACAAUGUAUAUUUUCUUCAUUCAUCCCAUCUAAUGGUUGAUCGUAUCUAUUUAACCGUCCGAGGACUGCAUUUCCCUGUUGGCUUUCAAACCGCGGGUGGUUUCUAUCAUAUAACUGUUAUCUGGAUUACAUGUGGGAACUAAAGAGUUUUUCUCUGCGGUGUUCUUUAAAGCGCAUGGAUCAAUUCUAUUUUUUUAUUGUUGGAAGUACUGCCCAGGUUUCUGAAAGAGUUUAAAUAAGUUCAUUCUCCCCUCAUAUGCCCUCGGCUUUGACUUCAAGGUUAACACAUCUUCCCUCCCUUCAUGCUGCCAGCGGUCUUGCUCAUCUCUCCUGCUUUUCAACCCUGCCUUUCUCCCCUUAGGAAACCAAUCGAUAAGUUUAUGCAUGUCACAGUGUUUUUUAUGCACAAGCACAAAACAACUCUGGGUGUAAAUUGGAGGCUGUAUGGCUAGACAAGGCAAAGUUUCUGUCUCUCUAAGGCUUCGGUACACAGCAAAAGUUUUACUUUAAAUUUUCUUCUGUUGCUUUAUUAAUAUACUGCCUUUUAUGCAUGUACCAGAGUAUUUAGGGUUGGUGGAUUGGUGUAAAUCCUUACCUGGGCUACAUCAGCAUUCACUGAAUCACCAGAACUGUACUGUUGUCAUUUUAAGGUUUUAAUUUCUUGAUACUUAAAGCUUCUUUAUUUUCAUGAAAAGAGAAUAAACAGUUCAUGUAGGAUGAAGCUGUCGCUGGAACUUUGGAUAUGGCAGCAGUGGUGCCCACAUACCAGACACUCCAUUCUGCUGAAGAGAGUCCUCAUUCAGCACAUGGUGCUGAUAUCUGACUGUCCAAAAGGUCUCCUCUAGGGUACUGAUUAUCCAAUCCUCAUUAUCCCUGACAGCCUUCACACUGCUGCUGUAUCUAAGCUGUUUUGGGCCGUACUUUAUUCCUUUAUUUGAGGGUCAAAUUUCCAGUUGUGGCAUUCCAAAUCUACAUUCAUCAGAUCCCAUCAAUGCUUUUUAACCCAUCUUACUGAAUGUUUAUUCUUUAUCAGACCCUCAAUGGGAAAACAAGCUGUUGGCUGCUUUAAAACUCUUCAAUUCCUUUUCUCGUUGUUCUGAUAUCUGGCAGCUUGAAUUUGGAUCCCGUCUCUACUUGUCCCACUGGUGAGCAGCAUUUGAACAACAAAAUGUUGAGGCUGAUUAAUAUCAUGUUUCAAGUUACUUCCACUUUUAACCUGUUUAUUUGAAACCAUUGCCAUUCAAUUGUCUCAUUUCAUGUUUGAAUUGGCAGAAGGUGGCUUAGUGGUGCUUGAGUGGAUAUUGCAAUGGUGGGUUUUACCAUUAAACUUUGUGUCUGAAUCCCGCUUCAAUAUGAUGACCAGGAGCUUUAUCUGAAUUGAAAUUAGACGGUUUCUGGCUGAUUCCCAUUGGGGACGGCUCAUCAAAGAAUUGGAAAGCGGCACAUAAUUGGGGGGAGAGGGGAGAGAGCUUUGUUCAGCAGACAGUUGCGUUGUAUUUCACUAGGAAUUUCCUAGCACCGUCACUUGCUGAGCAUUAUGUUAGGUGGUUGAAAAUAUUUAAGUUUAAUUAAAUUUGUUAUCUUAGAAUAUUGCUUUUGUUGGGCGGUGGGGCCUAGCGGUAAAGGGUUUGAGCACAAACUCGGCCAGCACUGUACAAAGGCACCAUGUGACUUGCAUUCAAAUUGAGUCUGAGUGGCCGUAUGCUUCGAUAGCUUUUAUAAGUCUUAAGGAAAGUAACAUUAGCCUCCUCAAUCCUGUUCUUAGUGUUCAAAAUCCACAAUCGUGUGAUGUAUGACAAUCUUUCUGAAAGAGGACAAAGUUAAGGUAAGAAAUGGAAAGUCUCGUUGGUUUAUCAAAGAGGUGCUCCUGAUGUUAAAGAUGAGCAAGUGGCUAAAGGAGUCUCAGCUGGAGCUCUGUUGUAUCUGUCAUAUCUUCUGUACCUCACUUGGAAGUAUCCAUUGUGAUAAUGGCUCUCAGCAUUGCAAUGAUGUGUUGUACUUGGCAUGAGAAUGUUUGCAAGAACUAUACAAGGUUGUCAUUCUGGUUAAAAUUGGGUGGGGAGGGGAGGAGGGAGGGGUUGCUCAUUGUGGUUGAAACUAGCUCAGACCCAUCUGAUGAAUGUCAGUUUAAUAAAACUUAUUGAGGUCAUUGCACAGUCCUGGGGCCAUAUAAGCUCUGAAGUAAGCUGCACUCCUUUAUAGAAUAAGGCUACAGUAUACUAACUAGCACUAGCACAAAUGUAGGAAAUGUGAAUGGGAUUUGUACUAUUCAACGCUGAUUACUGUGAUGUGCUGGUAGUUAGUGAGCCAUCAGGGUAGGCCAAGAAUAAUUGUUUUAAUGGAUGAUCCAGCAUGGUGUAAUAACUUGCACUGUUCUAUGGCAUGACUUCUGGUUCUGUCCAGUAUGUAUUCAAAAUUGCAAGCAUUGGGAAUAAAUUUCAGCUGAAUUUAGUGAUGCUUUGUUUACCUGAAUUUUAUACCAGAGAUGAAUUAUUUUUUUGAAAGGUGUUUCCCUACAUCUCCAUGGAAAUAUUAGAAUUGUUUAAGUAGACAAAAGGUACAGUCUCAAGUUCUGAAGAGGUUGGGAUUAUUGACCCAAUACAGUUAAGGUCAGUAAAAUUCACCGAUUAUUACCAGGGCAAUGGGUAGAAGAACAUCCUUGCUUUUGGGUUUCCAAUGACAAUCCUGCAAUGUGGAGAGAGCUGUACAAUACUCAUGCCAUCUACCAUAUCUGAUUGGAAUGACUUGAUGCCUACACUGAGCGUUAACCAUGAUGCUUUCCGUUGCCAGCGCUGUGCUUUAUCCUGACUAUUAGUUAUGCUGAAACUAAACCACUGAGUUGUGUGAGCAGUUCAACUGGAGCCACGAGUUUGCUUAUCUCAGGAAAGCUGUAGCCUGGGAUGUCUUUACCUUGUAUCGACUCCAGAUCUGCUUUCUAAAUCUACCCAUCAGCAAGAACGUUUCUUUUUUCUCCUGUGUAUAAAUAUGUAAACUGUAUAUAAAAUAAAUUUUUAGGUGUUUGAUGCAAA